CCACACCACAGCCUCUGCUGGUUAGGACUACAUUUCCCAUCAGCCCCGAUCGGAGGCGGAAUCAGCCCCGAGGCGACGAGUAGGGAGCAAGCGGUCAACUUCAGUUCAGCAUAUUGCAAGCGGUGUGUUCAUCUGAGUGUUGCUGUGCACCACGAUCUCCGAAGCACUGUGAUUUGAAAAAAAAAACAAAAAAAACUAAGAGUUCGCUGUAAUAAUUUGACUCUGGAUGCAAGCGAGGUCUAAAUUGCUAAGAAGCAUGGACACGUUUCUGCGGAGCUGUAGCGCCGCGCUGAAGCGCAGUGAAGAGGAGGGCUCUGCGGUUCACGUUGUCCUUGGCAACGAAGCCUGUGAUCUCGACUCCAUGAUCUCUGCAAUAACCUUUGCAUACUUUCUAGCCAAGACUUCUGCAAAGACUCCCAAGACGCUGAUCCCGGUGCUGAAUAUCCCGCGCUCGGAGCUCCCCCUGCGGACCGAAGGCACGUACUUCCUGCGGGAGAACGGCAUUGCGGAGGAGAGCCUGGUGCUGCGGGAUGAGGUGGAUCUGCACGCCCUGCACAGGGCCGGCAAGCUCCUCCUCACGCUGGUGGAUCACAACGUCCUGCCAGGGGCUGACUCUGUCCUGGAGGGGGCGGUAGUGGAGGUAGUAGAUCACCGGCCCCUGGAGAGAGCGCCCUCUGCUGGCUGUGCGGUCACCUCCGAGCCCGUGGGCUCCUGUGCCACCCUGAUCGCGGAGAGAAUCGCCCGGAGCGCGCCGCAUGUCCUGGACAAGCAAGUCGCGGCUCUGCUGUACGGUACAAUUGUUCUGGACUGUGUGAACAUGGCCCCAGAAGCAGGGAAGGUGACUCCCAAGGACAGGGAGCUGGUGGCCUUGCUGGAAUCCAAGUUCACAAACCUGCCCCAGAGGGCCACGCUGUUCGAGUCCCUGCAGAGAGCCAAGUUCAACGUGGCAGGGCUGAGCACAGAGCAGAUGUUGCAGAAGGACAUGAAGGCUGUGGGAGGAGAUGAUGUCACAGUGGCCAUCAGCGGGGUCUACAUGAGACUGGAGGCGUUUCUCCAGCGGUCCGGUCUGCAGCAGGAGCUGUGCGAGUUCUGUCACAAGCAUCGCCACGCGGCGCUGGUCGCCAUGACGAUCUCCUUCAGCGACGGCAACCAGCCCUACCGACAGAUCGCCGUGUACAGCUACAGCACCCGACUGAGAGAGCAGCUGUGUCAAGCUCUUGAAAACUCCCAGAAUCCUCACUUGAACCUCUCCACAAUCACCAGCCCCUACCCACACAUCAAAGCCUAUCACCAGGGCAACACCCUGGCCUCCCGGAAAAAGGUCCUGCCCAUCAUCAAGGAGUUCCUGAGAGAGCGGGAGAGAGCGGUGCAUGCUGGGACAGGCGGGGAGGAGCUGGAGGACCAGUUCGAUUCCUCCUGCCGCACCCCGCCUCCCGAAGAGGAGGCUCGUCACCACAGGUACUCGGCUUCCAGGCGCAGACGUCAAGCAGCAGAGGAUUCUGGGAUGGAGGAGGACUCCCAGCUGCCUCCCACCCCCAUGAACAGCCUGGUUGAAGGCUGCCCGCUGGACAACGGCCUCCCCAGACUGACCGCCGAUGCCAUCUUGGAGAAAUUCAGCCGCAUGGCGAAAGAGGAGGAGAAUUGGGGAGAGCGGGAUUUGCCUAGCGGACAGUAGAGGGUUACAGACCCGACCCCCUCCAAAGAUCUUGUAGUUUAAUACCUCGUUUCCAUGACCGCCAAUCCAGAGUCUCCCGUCUUCCCCCCCCGAUCCCCCCCCUUUGAUCGUCUCCCCGAGUCGAGUGAAAGGACUUCCUAUGCAAUGCCAGUUUUUCGACGGCUGUUGGGGCGUUUUUUUUUUUUUUCUUCUUCCCAGCAUGCCUUGCGGCCAAUGUCAGAUUGUGGUCAUUCUUUCCCAGCAUGGCUUGCGGUCAAGGUCAGAUUGUGGUCAUUCUUUCCCAGCAUGGCAUGCGGUCAAGGUCAGAUUCUGGCGGUUCUAUCCCAGCAUGCCUUGCGGCUAAGGUCGCGUACAUUUGUUUAAAAACCGAAAGAAUGGACGCUGUCACUUAGCUUUGACAAUCCGGACAGUUCUUUGGAGUUUACAGUUACUUAAUAAUAAUAAUAAUAAUAA